CACAACAGGUGGAAACGCAGGGCAGAAGGUGCAGGGAGUAUUUAAAGCAGGCUGGCACUGCCACAGCCCCACAGGGACACGGGACACGGGACAGUCACAGCAGCUCCUGGGGUCAGCCUGAGAGGGAAAGAGGGAAGUGCCAAGAGGAGCCUGGAGUGGAAUGCAAGAAAAAUGACUUUACUGGCGUUCCUCUUGCUGCUCGCCUUGGUCCCAGCCGGGUCUGCAAGAGGCAGACACCCCCCCAAGGCAGCCAUCUCCAGCCCCGUGUUCGGCCCCCGGCAGGUGUAUGGCGUGCUGGGCGGCUCGGUCACCGUGAAAUGCUUCUACCCACCCACCCCGGUGAACAGACACGACAGGAAAUACUGGUGCAGGCAGCGGGGCUCCGCCUGCUUCACUGUGGUGUCCCCUGACUACGUGGCUGAUGGCUACCAGGGCAGAAUCACCCUCACCGACCACCCCGAGGCAGAACAUUUCCUGAUCAACAUCUCAGCGCUGGAGCAGGGGGAUGCUGGCACCUACCAGUGUGGCGUGGGGGUCAAUGGCAGAGGGCUCUCCUUCAGAGUCACUCUCAGCGUUGCUGAAGCCCCGCCUGUUCCUGAGGCACCCGAGCUCUUCUACGUGAAGCUCCGCAGCACCUGGAGCGUGACCUGCGGCUUUGGGAAGGACACGGCCGAGCUGAAGAGAUACCUGUGCAAGAAGGAGAAGGAAGGCUGCCGGAACAUUAUUAACACCUAUCAGGAUAAAGAUGUCCCAGCAAGAGUUCAGCUGACUCAUGAGGACCCUCCAGGCUCGUUCCGUGUCACCAUGACUCAGAUGGACUGGGAAGAUGCAGGCUUGUACUACUGUGGGGCCGGUGAAUAUGGGAAGGACAACACAAGCAAGGCACUGGACGUGUUUAUCUACGAGGACAAAAAUUUCCCUCACUUAAAGACCAACAUAACUGCAAAAAAUGGAAGUUCAGCAACCUUUGAGUGCCUCUAUGAGCCUCUAAUGAAUUCCUCCACGAGGUUCUGGUGCAAGCGGGAAGGCAAGAGAUGUGACAUAAUCAUAGACAACACUGGGUAUGUGAAGGAGAACUAUGAAGGAAGAGUGGCCAUGUUCGAGAACCCCAAAAAUAAAACUGUCGCCAUCAUCCUGAACCAGCUGCGGAUCGAGGACGAAGGCAAUUACUGGUGCAUGUCAAACGAGCUGAGGGAUCUGCAAUCAUCAACAGAACUGACGGUUGUACCAGGAGAACCUGCCCUGACGGGAAAGAAGAACGUGACGGCACAAGUGGGCUCACGGGUGAAUUUAACCUGCUGCUACCCCUGCAAGUACUACUCCUUCGAGAAGUACUGGUGCAGGUGGAACAAGACGGGCUGUGCCAUGCUGCCAGCGCAGCCGCAGGGGCUGCCAGAGCCGGGGGACGCCUGCGAGCGCUCCGCCAGGACGGUGGUGCUGAGCCUGGGCCCGCUGGCCCGGGAGGAUGAAGGCUGGUACUGGUGCGGGGUGAAGCGCCACGGGGUCUUCGGGGAAGCCAUGGCCGUGUGGCUGAGCGCAGAGGGAGAAGCUGUUCCCCCAGGAGGAGCCUACAGCGACGCUGAGGUGCGGAAAGGAGCUGCCCCAGAAAGCCCUGAUGAAAGCCAUGGCUCCAACACUCUGGCCUUGGUGCUGGGCCCUCUUGCUGGCCUGAUCCUGAUUGUGGUGACAGCUUUUGCCAUUGUCAAAUACAGGCAGCUGAAGAGAUCGGACCUGGUGUCCGUGGGGAGCUACAGGACCAACAUCAGCAUGUCAGACUUUGAGAGCGUGAGGGACUUCAGUGCCAGCAACAGCGUGAAGGAGAGCCAGGAGACCCCCAUGGGAGGGGAUGAGUUCAUCACCACCACGGACACUCCAGAAAGUGAUGCCACCACAACGAAGGCAAAAAGGAGCUCCAAGGAGGACGCUGACCUCGCCUACUCCUCCUUCCUCGUCACCUCCAGCAGCAUUGCCCAGGGCAGCUCCGGGGGGGACAGCGCUGUCCUGGACCUGUCCCCACCCCAGGACCGCGUCUGAGGGGAGGUGGCAGCUCUGGGACCGGCCCUGCCUUGAGGAUCACGGUGUCAGCAAACAACACUGUUCAUUUCUCCCACAAUUUGCUAUAGCUUGACCUGGUUUUUUGCUUAAAUUCAGCUUCGAGUGGUGAUUUUGGAGGAAUGGUUUGAUGGCAAGGGGGGCUGGAAGUGCAGGUCUGAGUGAGGAGGUCGGGCUGGGAAACAGCAGGAAUUCAAGUGGCUCAUCCCACCAGCAGCCCCAGUUCCUACACUGGGCUCUCACAGGCCAGAAGGAGCAUUGUGAAAAAAAAGAGAAAAAAAAAUCCCAUUUUCUUUUAAAGGCAGCUGGGAAACCCUUUAGAACAGCGUCUGAUGCUCUUGAUUCCUCUGAGCUUUCCCGACCUGAGGGCAGCACCUGCAGGCCAGACCUGUCUGGAGUGUUUGUGUGCACGAGCAAUAAAGAAUCCAGUGGCUUUCAGCAGA